AUGAAAAAGCAUUCAUUUAAAGCUAUUACGGAACCAAUUGUUAUUGGUUCUCCUCCUGCAGAUUUCAACGAAAUUUAUCCAAAAAUUUAUGAACACCUUUCUGAUAAUUAUGAGGAAUUAGGACAGUUAGAUUUGGGAGAAGAACAUCUUACUGUGGAACCCAAUGUUUUUGCACAAAUAGGUGUUAUUGAUGUGGAUGGUAUUAGAAAAAUGUGGACUUCAGUGAUUUUACCACAAUUACGCAUGAGCAUGACAGGUGGUGCUUCCCUAACUAAUACGGAAGGAACAACAACUAAAGUUGAAGAGAAAACAGUCUUUUGUGAUAUAGGAAGUGGUGUAGGAAACGUAUGCCUUCAGAUUUUGGCAGAGACACGUUGCAAAAAAGUUGUUGGUGUUGAAGUAAUUCCUUCACGACAUCGUAAUGCUGUGAUAGCUUUUUCAAAAGCAAAGACGUACUACCCGGAAUUUUUCGGUGAUAAGGAUGCAGUUUUUCUUCAAGAUGACCUGGUAAGAUCUACUUCGCGUUUGACAGAAGAGAAGGUAAAUGUGAUUUUUACACAUUCUUGGAUGUUUGAUGAUGAUUUGAUGAAACAGUUAUCUAAAGUGGUUGUAUCUGUUCCUACUGUGCGUUGUGUGGUAACUUCACGAAAACUUAAUGCAGAAGUUUUAUCUGAAACCCCAUUAAAACUUGUUUCAAAGGUAUAUCUAAGUGCUGACUGGAAUGAGGAAGCCCCCUUUUACGUCUAUACGAAACUUUAA